AUGAACGAAUAUGAGCAUCGUCAUGUCCUCCUCGAUGACUUCCUCAUCAUCACACCUACAUCCGCACCUCCACAUUCAGGACUUUCCACCCUCGUCAAAGUGUUUUCUGAAAUAGGUGUACCCCUUUCAAAAGAAAAGACCUUAGGGCCCUGCACCUCCAUCGAGUUUUUAGGCAUCACCCUAGACUCUAUCUCUUUUCAAGCAUCUCUACCUCUGGAGAAAAUACAACGCAUUGCAUUGCUCCUAUCAAACUACAUUCUAGCAGACAGAUGCACAAAGCAACAACUGCUAGCGCUCCUCGGCCACCUCAACUACGCCAUCAGAAUAAUUCCCCAAGGAAAGUCCUUUAUUUCCAACCUACUAGCAAAAGCAGCAACAAUACCCUCUCUACAUGAUAAAAUCACCUUGGAUGAAGCUUGCAAAAUGGAAAUGCGGCUUUGGCAGCAAUUCCUGUCUUCAUGGAACGGCAUAUCCUUCUUUUAUAACGACUACAUCACACAUCCAGAAGACAUCCAGAUGUACACAGACGCAGCGCCUUCCAUCGGAUUCGGCGGCUACUACAGCGGUCGCUGGUUCGCUUCUGAGUGGCCACCAGAGUUCAGCAAUCUAAUCCAGCAGUCAGAUUUUCCCUCAUCCGCACUUUACGAAAUGUAUCCCGUCAUCAUAGCGGCCAUCCUUUGGGGGCACGAAUGGUCCCGACAUUCCAUACUCAUCCACUCCGACAACUCGGCAGUAGUCGAAAUCAUAAAUAAAGGCAGAUCCCGUUCCCUGGCUAUCAUGCAAUUAGUCCGCAGACUGACACUUAUAUCAGCGCAACAUCAGUUCAUCAUCAGAGCAGCACACAUUCCAGGAUACUGCAAUAGCAUAGCUGACUCAUUGUCCCGUUUUUCUUUUCAGAAGUUCAGAAUCUUAGCUCCAGAAUCAGACAUGCAUCCCACGCCAGUUCCACCGUUUUCAGCCACCAUCUUCAACUAAAUCCACAGCUGGAAAACCUUUCACAAGCUUCGAGAGAAGCUAUUCUCAAUGGCCUUGCCCAGAGUACCCUCUCCGCUUACUUGACCGGUUGGAAUUGUUUCAAGGCGUACCAUUUCUUCUACCAACUCU